ACCGUGACGCGCUCCGCAUUCCCUGUUCCGUGCAAACACAUAGGGCCAAGGGAACUAGGGAAGUCUGGGCUCCUAUCAGCCUGUGAAGAAUAAUGGAAGCAGAUUUCUGAAGUUCUUGGAGUUCCAUAUAAGGGCGCAUCCUCCGAUUAGAAGAAGUUGAUGAUUAUUGAUUUAGCAGUAUCAGUGGUAGGCAUCGAGAGCAAAUGGAACAAAACGGUGCGCACAACGUCAAUGGCGGCAGCAAUAGCAGGGAAGAACAGGAGGAGGCUUUGGUUGCUCUGAUUGAUCAUCGUACCCGUGAAGUUAAAAAUCUCCGUCAACGCAUCGCCUAUUACACAUCUCAGCUUGAGGAAGCAGAGAAGAGGUUGCAAGAUUCUGAAUCCAAAUUGGCCCGCCUUCAAGGCCAUCCUGAUGUGGUAUCAGGUACAAGUUCCUUAGGUGGAGGAACUAAAUCUGUGAAGAUGGAGCACAGGUCAAACAGUCCCAUUCAUAGAAAUGAAAUUUUGUCCAAAAACCAGCAUCAGUCUAAGCCAGAACUUCUUGUUCCUGCUGUUACUCCGAAAAUUUCACAACCUAAAUUGUUGCCAGGGUCUUCUGCAAAAGCUUCAAUAAGUUCCAAUUUUCAAGCCAGUCCGUCAGUAUCUACACAUUCAGUUAUUGCUUCUAGAGUAAAAACUAAUGAGUCUCAACGACUUUCUACUAAACAGGAAGAUGUUAAGAGCAAGGAAAAAGGGACGAAAAGGAAGUUUGAACAAAAAGAACACAAGGAGUUGAUUCCUUCAAUCCGUACAAAUUCUUCACCGUGUUUAAUACACUGUCAAGCAAGCACCCAUAUCUCAAGUCAGCACAAGAGGAAAUUGCGGAGUCUUGCUUUGUGUCCAGUGAACGAUCAGCUUUUUGUGACUAGUUCUUUGGAUGGAGUGGUCAAUUUGUGGCAAGUUCAAGCAAGAGGUUCAGGAGCCUCUGUGCUUAGUUCAACUAAUUGUGCAUCCUCGAAGCAGAGGAGAUGGCCAGAAGAUAUAGCUUGGCACCCUGAGGGAAAUAGCAUAUUUUCAGUUUACAGUGCUGAUGGUGGGGACUCGCAAAUUUCAGUUUUGGAUCUGAAUAAAAAACAAGGGAAAGACCGUGUAAAUUACUUAGAGGAGAGGCCUCAUGUUAAGGGUAUUAUCAAUAACAUUGUUUUCAUGCCUUGGGAAAACAUCUGUUUUGUGACUGGGGGAAGUGACCACGCUGUUAUGCUUUGGAGUGAGAAGGAUGGUGAGAACAAAUGGAAGCCAAAAGCAUUGCACAGAAAUCUCCAUUCUUCUGCUGUUAUGGGGGUUGCUGGUUUGCAGCAGAAGCAGGUUGUGUUGUCUGUUGGUGCAGACAAGAGAAUUUUUGGGUAUGAUGCUCAUAUAGGGAGAGCAGAUUACAGGCAUCAGGUUGAUAGUAAAUGCAUGAGCGUACUGCCAAAUCCAUGUGAUUUUAAUUUAUUCAUGGUACAAACUGGGACACCAGAGAGGCAGCUUCGACUAUAUGAUAUCAGAUUGAGGCAGACGGAACUUCAUACUUUUGGAUGGAAGCAAGAAAGCAGUGAAUCUCAGUCAGCUCUGAUAAAUCAGGCUUGGUCUCCUGACGGCCUGUAUAUAACAUCUGGUUCAGCAGAUCCCGUGAUUCACAUCUUUGAUAUUAGAUAUAAUGCUCACAAACCCCCCCAAUCCGUAAGAGCUCAUCAGAAACGAGUCUUCAAAGCUGUGUGGCUUCAGUCUAUUCCACUUCUCGUUUCCAUGUCAUCUGAUCUCAACAUUGGUUUACACAAAGUUAUGUAGAACAUCUAGCCAAUGACUAGUCAUGCCUAGGAAGCUCCUCUAUUUUGUUGGUGCUGAUUGCCGAUUCAAUUGUAUUUCCACGGAAAUGUAAGCUUUUAUUUUGUUUCCCAUCGGAGAGCAUUUAAUUUAUGGGCUUGCACUAGAUCGCGGAGGAUUUGAUGGGACAAUGGCUUCAAGAAAUUUAAGAAAGGGCAUAAUCAUCUUCCAUUUA